AUGGCUUUAUUGAAAGUCAUUGAACAAGUCAUUGAUGCCCUUCAGUGGCUCAUAGGGCCGGGAAAGGGAAAGAGAGAGAGAGCCUAUCUAGAGAAUGGAAGCAGGGUAUUGGAGACCCUGGUUGCCGCUUGUAAUGGCAAGCCUAUUCCCGUACGUAGCUUCUCCGUUGAAGAGAUUACGUUGGCAACAAACAACAAAAAUUCUGGUCGGGCCCUGCCACGGGAUCCAUGGCAUAUGGGUUCUCUUGAAGGUCGAGAGAUUUCUGUGAAGAAGUAUGCUAAACGGAACCACGUCCUCACUGAUAUGGCUAUUUCUGCAAAGAUGAGGGCGCAUAAGAAUGUUUUAAUGCUAAUAGGUUGCUGUCUCGAGACUCCAAUUCCUCUUUUAGUAUUCGAAUCGACUCAGAAUGGAACUCUUGCUGAUCGGAUUUAUGCCUAUGAUUAUGUCGGAACUCCAUUACAACGACAACCCAUCGGGUGGCAGAGCAGGUUAAACAUUGUGAAGGAUAUUGCUCAUGCAAUCGCAUAUCUUCAUCAUGCGUUUUCCAAACCCAUCAUCCAUAGAGACAUAAACCUUCGAAAUAUCAUCUUCGACCAACAUGAUAUUCCCAAACUAACUGGAUUUUCACUUUCCAUACCAAUCCCAGAGAAUGAAACUCGAGUACAGGCCAUUCUCUUUGGGACUAAUGGAUACACUUGCCCCAACCAUGUAGCUACAGGAUGGAUAACGGAGAAAGCUGAUGUCUAUAGUUUUGGUAUGCUUCUGUUGGAGCUCAUAACUGGGCAGAUAUCUAGUCAACUUUAUAUAAACGCUGGGGUUAACGAUGUCCUCAUGGCAGAAGAAGCUUCUUUUGAGCAGAAAGUGCAAGCUGAAUGGGACAAUGCAAACGAGUGCAUAAGAAAAUGUGAUAUCAAUGAGAUCGUGGAUCCAGCAAUCCUGGCAGAAGGUGGAGGAGCUUGUGUUAAGCGGCAAUUACAAGCUGUAUUUGACCUUGCUUUCACAUGUCUGGGCUACAAUCCGGAGCUAAGGCCGAGUAUGAUUGAUGUUUCAAAGAAACUAAGAUGGAUUGGGAGAUCAUCCUUACCAUAA